AUGAAAGCUUUAGAAAAUCGUACAAUUGAUUCGAAAAGAGAAAUGGAUAUUUUAGAUGCUUUGGAUGAAAUUAGAACAAGAAAUGCUAGAAAUGAACGUGUUGAUGCUGAUGCUUUAUUAGAUAAAUUAUUGGAAUCUGAUCAAAUUAUUGAGAAAAGUGAAAAAGAAAAGGAAGAUGAAGAAGAUGAUAUGUUGGCAAAAGCCAUAUUUAAUACGGUUGAUGGUGAUAAAGUUAAAAGAGUUAUUGAUGAUGAACCUGAACUUUCACAAUUACUUUCAGAAUCUGCAAAGUCAUUUGUUAUACCGAAAUUUAAUAGUACAGGCUCAACUAGCAACAGUAAAGGUAUAGAGAGUAAUAAACGAAAGAAUCUGGGUUCCGAACUUGGAAUUGUGAUUAAAAAGAAAAAAACAGAAAAUAAUAAUUCUCUGGGCUCUUUGUUGGGAGAUUAUGGUUCUUCUGAAGAUUCUGAAUAA